GAUGAUAAAAUCUACUUCCUGUCGCCCCGCCCCCCUGCAUCUUCUUCUGAAUUGGCUUUUGAAUUCACAGUAUUUCUUUAGCGCUGGGAGGAAAGAGUGGGCAGCACUGCAUCACAUUCUCAGGCUAAGGGGCACUGCAGCAUCGAGCCUGCAGAGAGGAGAAUCCUGGCUUGCUUAACUGGGAAUCCCUCUGCCUCCUGCUGGGUUUUUCUGAGGACUUCAGCAAGAGAUACAGUACAAAGGCUGAAUAAGUCACUGAACACAAAGAAAGCAUCCCCCAGAAACUGUGUGGUCUUCUGGGCACUUGAACUGUGUGAUGGAGACCUUGAGCGUGGAGGUGAACAUGUCUGUGGAGGAGGGGACAGCAAUGGCCCCAGAGCUUGAGAAGGGAGAGCAAACUAUGCCCACCUUCAAAUUGUGGACAGAUCUGGAGGCAGCAAAAGCUCCACAGGUUUUACAUGUAGGGAGUAUUGGGGAGUUACAGACUGUGACAUCUCUAGAAAAUAUUAAAAAGGAACCAGAGGAAGGGCUGCAAGAGCUCUGGGAAGCCCAGUGGCAGGAGUUCCUGAGGACCCUGCAGACCCUUCAUUCAGGAUUGCCUGAGGAGCCCACACCAUGGGAUGACACCAAGGCUUUCCUGGCCUCCUUUGAGCAAGUGGCCUCAGCGUGUCGGUGGCCUCGGGACAAGUGGGUGGCCCUCCUCCUGCCAGCCCUCAAUGGAGAGGCCAAGCAGUCCUUCAGCAGCCUCAGUGCCCACGACAGGGGAGACUUUGGGAAGGUGAAGGCCGCCAUCUUGCAAGGGGAGGCCCUCAUGAGGGAGAGGCAGCGCCAGCACUUCCGGCAGUUCUGCUACCAAGAAGUGGAGGGUCCGAGAGCGGUUUAUGGUAGACUCCGGGAACUUUGCUGCCAGUGGUUAAAAGCAGAGAGUCACACGAAAGACGAGAUUCUGGAGCUGCUGAUCCUGGAGCAGUUCCUGACUGUCCUGCCCCAGGAAAUGCAGAGCUGGGUCAGGAAUGGUGGCCCAGAAACCUGCUCUCAGGCCGUGGUCUUGGCAGAAGAUUUUCUCUUGAAACACAGUGCUAUGAAACUGGAAGGAGAGUUUCCACCACCAGACAGGAUGCUCUGCAGAGAGGCCAAGCAAGAGCCAGAUGAAGAGGCAAGUACAUUAGGUGAUGGGCAGGAUAACCGUCAUCUGAGUGGCUCUGAACAAGAGGCACCAGAAGGCACAUUUCUGGAAAGAGCUGACACCUCCCAGUAUUGCAAAGAGGGGAUAGGAGUUGGGAGUCAGCAAGAACCAGAGAACGAGUGGAGAUCCACACCAGGGAAGAGCACAGAUGAAACUGUUCCUGUUGUCAAAGGGGAUUUUGAUCAGGAAGAAAACAAAGUCCACCACAAAGUCCAUCUUUGUCACUGUGGGAAAAGUUUCAGAUGGAGCUCCAACUUCAGGGUGCACGAGAGAAUUCACACUGGAGAGAAGCCAUAUAAGUGUUCCCAGUGUGGGAUGAGUUUCCGUAAAUCUGCCCAGCUGAAGACCCAUGAGGGAAUUCAUACUGGGGAGGUACCAUUUCAGUGUUCCAUGUGCCAGAAAAGUUUUACCAGUGGCUCCAACCUUAUUGCGCACGAGAGAAUUCACACUGGAGAGAAACCAUACAGAUGCACAUAUUGUGAGAAAAGUUUCCGGCAAAAGGGAACCCUUACAACACAUGAAAAAAUUCACAUUGGAGAGAAACCCUAUAAGUGUUUGAUCUGUGGCAAAAGUUUUCGUCAAAAAGGAACCCUUACAACACAUGAAAAAAUUCACUUGGGACAGAAGCCAUAUAAAUGUUCAGAAUGUGGGAAGAAUUUUCGGACUUCUGCAGAUCUUCGGGUCCAUGAAAGGAUCCACACUGGAGAGAAACCAUAUCAAUGUUCAACGUGUCAUAAAAGUUUCACUGAUGGCUCCAAUCUUAUUACACAUGAGAGAAUUCACACGGGCGAGAAACCAUAUAAGUGCAUGCAGUGUGGAAGAAGGUUCUGUCAGAAGUCUGGUCUUAUGACCCAUGAAAGAGUUCAUGCUGCAGCAAACUCACACAAGCGCCCUAGGUGCCCAAAGACCGCCUCUGGUGGCUCAAAUGUUAUUGCUUAUCAGGAAAUGAACCCAGGAGAGAAAUCAAGUAUAAGUGCUGAUUGUGGGGAAGGCUUCAGCGAUGCUGGGAACUUGACAGAAAAGAAACCACAUAACACAGAAGAGGAACCAGAUGGGUGUGUGGGAAAGGGUUCAGUUGAGACUCAUUCCUUCUGACAGUAGAGCAGAUCUGCAACUAGAGGGUGUGUGUGUGUUAAGAUUUUGGAAAAAAGCAUAGGCCAUAAGAUUCUGACCAUCAGAGAAGUCACAUUUGACUGUGGACAAGGCUUCUGGAAUAGCUCAGCCCAUAGAGUAUGCAAGAGGAACAGGGAGCUCUAUUCACUCAUUAUGUUCAACACAUGUACAAUCUGAGUAUAGUGUAUGCAUGUGCAGAUCUGUGCACACAUACAGUUAUUCACAUGUAUGUUCAGUAAUACACUUCAUAUCUAUACCCUGCGUUUGAGGGGGCCUGUAUGCAGGAUCACUUUUUAAAAGUUCACACAAAAACAUGUACAUGUGUACAGACACUUGUACGCACAUAUAACAUAAUGGCUGAACAGGGCAAAGAAUGAUUGAAAAAUCGACACUGAGGAAGAGUAGAACUGGGUAACUGAUUUUCUAGCUCUUCAGUGUAUCGAUUGAUUGAUUGAGUGCCGUCAAGUUGGUGUCAGCUCUUAGCGACCACAUAGCUAGAUUCUCUCCAGGAUGAUCUGUCUUCAACUUGGCCUUUAAGGUCUCUCAGUGGUGCAUUCAUUGCUGUCAUGAUCAAGUCCAUCCACCUUGCUGCUGGUCGUCCUCUUCUUUCUUUCAACUUUUCCCAGCAUUAUGGACUUCUCAAGGGAGCUAGAUGUUUGCAUAAUGUGUCCGAAGUAUGAUAGUUUGAGCCUGGUCAUUUGUGCCUCGAGUGAAAAUUCUGGAUUGAUUUGUUCUAUGAUCCAUUUGUUUGUUUUCCUGGCUGUCCAUGGUAUCCUCAAAAGUCUUCUCCAGCACCAAAGUUCAAAAGCUUCAGUGCUUUUUCUAUCUUGUCAGUGUAUCCAUACAGGCGUCUAAAUACUUGGGAACAGGAUAUGGUUUUGUCUGAAUACGAAAUUGUCUUAAGUGUGAAUGUUUGCAUAACAGAGAAACUUUAACAUUAAGACUGAGUUUGUGUGGGGUAUGUGCCUCAAGUUAUUAAUCACAUCCUUAUUUAAGAGGAUGUGAGGAAAGUGUUGGGUGGAAGCCUCCACAAAUGAGGUUCCAUUCAGACAUUACAUUCUGAACAGUGUGGAUAAUGAAGCUGCAAUCUGCUUUUUGGCCUCCCUCCCACCAGCAAGCAACGGUUGUGGCAGUAGCUGAAAAGCACUUACAACUCCUGAUCACCCCUCAUUUUAUCCUGAAUGUCAUGGAAGGAUGUGAUGUGAGAUUCCAAAUAUAGAAUAGAUGAAAUUGAUUUCCUCAUAUUUUAAUGUAUGUUUUAUAUAUGUGUUUAAUAAAUAAGGUUCAGUCUCA